UAGACUCAAGCCCUGAGGGGCCGGGUAUAAAGUGAAUCAGAUCUCUCAACAUAAUCAUCUUGCCCGAAGGCACCAUUCAGCAACCCCAAAGUACGCACGCAAAGACGGAGCAUAAGUCCCAUCCUCAGAUAAGCUUGGAGAACCAACCAACCUCCAUCAUGCGCGGUCUCUUCCUUGCCGUCCUGCCGCUCCUCGGAGCCACUGCCUUGGCCUCGGCCGACAAGCGGGCCACGCCCACCACGCUGGCUACUUCCAAGACGACGACGAGCCCGGCCCAGCCGACCUACCAGUCGUGCGGCGGCUUCCGCGCCAAUCCUGUCGAAUGCCCCGACGGCCAGAUCUGCAUCGACGACCCGUAUCGUGGAGGUUGCGGCAUGGCCUGCGACAUGCCCGGCAUCUGCGUCGAGCCCGUGUUUUGCGGCGGCAUCGCCGGCAUCGCCUGCAAGGACGGCAAGAAAUGCGUCGACGACCCGCGGGAUGACUGCGACCCCGAGAACGGCGGGUCCGACUGCGGCGGUAUUUGCGUCUGAGAGCUGGAUCUGCGGGUUCUGAAUACGCACCAUGGCAAACAUUCUUGUACAUACGUAACAUAACACGUCUCGCCCUCAACAAGUGGGCCUUGAAAAGCAAGACUGCUUGAUAUCCAUCUCAGUUGCAAGUGUCGACGCAGAGCUCGCGUUCACCCUCUUCCCUUCGUCCAAGAACCCCAACUGUGACCGAGGGUGUCAAAGGCAGACCGCUGAGGAUGCCUGCUACUGAACCCCGUUGGUGUCUCGAUUCUUCGAGAAUAUCGGAAUGGACGCGAUGGGGGGGUAACGCAUCUCAUCUCCAGGUAGUCGUUUUGGGCUAUCCAGCAUAUAGUAGACAAGAUCUUGUUGUCUCGCCGCCGCAACACGAAACUUGGAGAUGCUGGAACGAGGAACGAGGGUGUGUUGCCGGGAAAUCCGAGAGCUCGUAUCACCUCAGCUACCUAACUUUCGGCCACCACCCCAACGCCUGCCCAGGCCAUUUCUUUGCAGCCAAUGAGUUUCGACUCAUCAUAGUCCUUGUGCCGGACG